AGGCCGUGGACGCGUCCCUGAACUACUUUUUGUUCGUCAGUAGGCGACACUCUCGAUGUACCUCCCACCGAAGCGACACCUGCUUCAAACCGGUUCGUUACAGCUUUCACCUCCCUCUGGCGAUAGGCACCGUUAGCCGAGAUUUAGGCCAGGAUGAAAAGAGGCCAGUCGCAGUUGAGCUUCUAUCGGUGACGGACGAAUCAUGCUUUGAUUGAACAUGUUUGAUUCUUCUACUUUACAAAAUGGAUUUAGAGUUAGAUAUUUGGGAUGCACCUCCUUUGGCCAUGGAAAACGUCAAGUGGGUAUCUCCAUUCUUCAACGACCUCUUUUGGAAUUAUAUUCGGCUGCCCGAAGAAGAGGAGAAGAUCAAAGAAGUGCUCAUCCUCUGGCUCUGACACAAAAUUUGGAUGUCUCUGAUUAUGGCUUAGUAGUUGCUGAUUCCGAAGUAGAUCGAAGAUCUGGUGAAACAGUGCCUGUUGUUACGAAAGUGAUCACACCCUUGUCCAAUAUUGUCUUGUGGGCAUCAGUUCGAUUUAAUUCUAGAAUUAUUAAAAGAAAAACGUUUGGAGCAGCCUUCGUACCUAUCGCUUGUUCUGAAGCUGUUGUGGAUCCUAAGUCUUAUGUGCAACUAAAUUCUAAACAAAGAUUUUUGGUCAGUCUCACUCAUCCUUCUAUCUUCGCAUGUCUUUUACGGAGUGUCGCCACUCCGAAAUUAUUGGAAUGUCAUGCAUUCGUUUGUGCUACUGCUGAAGAUGCCAUCACUCUCUGUUCUCAUCUGGGAACAGCUAAAGAUGAUGGUUUACCAAUCUCUACAAGUGUGCCACGUGUAAUGCCUAUUGUAAAUCGGAAUGAAGAUAAUACAGUACCUUGGACAGAAGAAGAGUCUCCUUCCGACAUCACUAUACCGAGUGAAUUGGCUCCUCUUCCUCCUCGACCGUCUUAUUCCCUUGUGCAUAACAUUAACGACAGAAUCGAAAAUACAAAUAAAGAAUGCGAAAAUAAUAAGAGAGAAAAUGUUAUGAAAAAAUCAUCACAUUUUAAUCAAAAUGGACAGUAUCGAAUACAAGAUUCCAGAAAGACUGUUCUUCCAAAUACUCGCCGAAUGACGAAAAGAUACAACGAAAAUGGAAUAAAAAGAGGACCCUCUUUUAAAUCGCUCUCUCCACGUAAAAAUGUCAUAACCUUGAAAGUGUCCAGUCCAAAAUUCUCAAACAGAAGUAGCAAAAUGUCAAACACCUCUAGAACCAAUAGUGAAAUAGGAUCUUCUCUGGCUAGAAUUGAGGAACGUUGGGAACCUUUUUGGAAUCCUUAUAGGAAUGAUUAUCGAGCGAGUGGGUUUUGUAAAACACCUAGUACUUCUGGUGCUAGUGCAUUUUCGGAACACAGAAUAAGAAUAAAGAAGAAAGAUAUGGCUACAAUGACGGAUGAUUAUCUCUGGACAGACGCUAGCAGUUGGUUGCCAAGUGACGGACCUGAGUCGUGGAUUUCAUCUCCAACCAAUACAUCUGAUUCUGCCUGCGUUAAAUCUCCUAGUCCCAGAAGAGUUUUAGAAGAGAUGACUCAGACACGUACAAUGACGUUCAGCAGCGAAAGCGAAGAAUCAUCCAUAGAUGAACCAUGGCAUAAAAAAUUAUCGGAUAAAGAAAGUAAUUCAGGAAUUAAACUUACUUAUUUUGGUUACGAAUGUUAUCGACCAAACACUUCCGAGAAGCCAAAUGUAAUUAGCAAUAAUUCUGAAAUAAAUCGAAGAUCUAAAGAAACACAUAAAAUCCAUAAGGUAAUUCCAUCCAACGAUGUAGUUCACAACAAUAGAAUUUCAAUAGAUGUAACAUAUCCGUCUCAGAGACUGAGCACACCUGAUAGUAGCAUCUAUUUGGUGCCAAAUCCAAAAACUACUUGUCAUAUUCCACACGGAAUAAGAAGUUAUAAUAAAAGUGGUUCGGUAAAGAACUGGUCUAAUCUUAGUCAAGUAUCAGAUUCUUCUUAUAAACGAGCAGCAACGCUUCCAGCUCCCAAAAAUCCGAAACAAAACGCAACCAAAAUGAUUCGAUGGUCCUCAGAAGAGCGAGUGAGAGGAAAACAUAACUUUCUCGCUACUAUUAAGAGAAUUAGCCAAUCUUCUUUCCGCAAGGCCAAACAAAAAACCGGAAAAUUGAUUGAAAGUUUUAGAAAUCGUGUAAAAGAUGGGAAAAAAUCAAAAAAGAAAAAUGGUAUUGAUUAUUCUGAAGAUUCCGCUUAUGAUACAUCGGAAAUAUGUCUUAGUCCGCAUGGUCAACCACAUGGUCAUCCGCAUACAGAUGUCAACAUGAAAAAACAUGGCAUGUCCUGGAGUUUUCAAGAUCUAAGACUGUCAAAUUCAUCCCCUAAAGAUAAAACGCAGCAUAGACCUUCCAGUCCAACCGGAUCUGCUCUUGGAGGAAGUACAGCUCGUCAAUUAGUGAUGAAAAAGAAGCGUAGAAGAAGAAGAAGGAAGAGUGGAGUUAUGAGAGGACAUAGUUCCUCAGAUUCUGGAGUAGAAGAAUAUCAUUCAGAUUAUUCAGAGACUAUGAACAAUAAUAAAUCCGAAAUGGAAAUGAAGCAUUUUGCCGAUCAAGUCACUCGCAUUCGAGUGAAGCACGGAAUAAACAAGGACGGUUUCCAUCGUUGGUCACAAACGGACAUACGAGAAGAACUCGGUUAUAUUCCGUGAAAUCAUUUAACUGCAGUAAAUCAAUCAACGCUUGGAAAUAAACUAAAACCAAACUGAGUACAAAAUUAACAACUUACGAAAGGACUUGAGAUGCUCAAAAUUCGGCCGGAAGACUCAUAAUACAGUGUACAAAUAUGGGUCGAGUGAAUGAUUGUUUUCGACUUCUAACCCCAAUAACUUUGGGUCGAACUUAACCUGAUUAAUGUGGGUUAACUUAUAUUUUUGUAACUUAUACAAUUAACGUUUUAUUUGCCCCAUGUUUAAACCAUGC